UUUAUUGUUAUAGGGAAUAUUUGGAUACAUAGAUGCUCUUGAGGGUUAUGCAUUAUGUGUUUUUGUGCCAUGGGUUUUUUUUUUUUUGUUUGUUUUUGUUUUACCUAUCUCAGAUAUCAGUGUUAUACAGCAUAUUGAGGUAAAGGGUUUUCCUGCACAGCGCUUGGUCUUAUCUUCAAUGGCAAUACAAGUGUGGCUUUUUCCUGAAAACAUUGCAUGAAGCUUGAUUUUGUUGUUGUCAAAGGGAUGGACAGAGAUGAAGUCCCAAUACAAAUGUUAUGUAUUGAUCAUUUUAUAUGUAGGCCUUGUCAAAAUACAAAUGACAAUUCCCUUCAUUUUGGACAUUUUUUAUAGAUGAUAAGGAAUUGAACGACAGCACAUGGAGUGUAUUGAGCAUUUGUGUGGCUGGGGUGCCAUUGCCAUGUCUAAAUCUUAAAUGUUUACAACAUGCUACGCUACAGCAUAUUUGAUACUCUUCCCUAAAGAGAGUUAUCCUUAUGUUCUGGGUGUCAUGAGAGGUUGCUGGUUGUGGCAGAGAGGUCGAGGUGAAUACAUUAUGUCUAUUCUUUUCCUUCGUGCACAUUUCUCCUAUUUUAAUCCCAACUCGUCAAUUCCCCAUUGCGACGGUUUCACUGUGAAUACUAACUGCACUAUCUCAUUCGCUGAGUAGAGGCAAGAUGGGUUAAGCAACGUCGCGCUCCACUGCAUACUUGUGUUUCUAUGCAGGCAACGGGGAGGUGGGGAAGAGCCAGGGAGGGGGUUGUAGAUGUAGAAAGGGAAAGGAAGAGGAGGUAAAGUGAGAGUGACAGAGAAAAAGGGGGAGGGAGAAUAAACCGCAGGCUGGUGUGUUCAUUGAAAAGGGAGUGGUCCUUAUUACAAUAAUAAUUUUGCCGUUUGUGGGUGCAUGUACAGAAGAAGGCUGCUGUACACAAGCCAUCACAGUUAACGUUCCAUUUGUAGCGCGCGCGCGUCUGUGUGCGCGAGCGUGCGGGAGAGCUCGUUUCGCUGUCUAGAAGGCGAUUCCGUUCGCGCAACCAGAAAGCGAGGGAAGCAGCGUGCGUUUGAGUAUAGCAUUGGACACUGGAUGUUGGAAUCUAUCUAUCCUGAAUAUUUGGAAUGUGGUGAUUCUUCGCCAAUUCACCACAAGAGAGAUUCUCUUGCAUCAGAAAAGGACAGAGAGGGAAAGCGGCAAUCAGAAGCAAGCAGGUGCUUUCCGAUAUCACCGGUGUUUUUUUCGUCGUGCCUUCGUGUUUGAGCCCAGCUGAAGAGCAGUGGAGUUGAGCUUUUUCCUCUGGAUCUGGGGAAAACUACCAAGAUUGUUAAUAGGAAAUCAGCUAUUUUAAAUCACUGACACAAAGAGGUUGUGCGUCUAUCAGUUAGUUCAAUUAAUAUUAAAUUAAUGACAGUUAGCUGUAUAUUGGUUGUUGUGGAUUGGCGUUUUACAUUGGAUAUAAGCAGAAGGAACUCGCAGUUCUCGGUUGUAAAUGGGUUAACAAUGGUAACUGAUCAUAAAAAUAAGAACGGCAAGAGUCAUUCUUGCGGUGACUGUUGCCGGGGGCAGUGCCAGUUCUCCGUAGCAUGUGAUUGAGCAGCGCAGUGUCAGGAAGCGUUACCGCUGUGUGUGCGAGUUCUUGUGUAUGUGUGUGAAAGGGAGUUUGUUGUGUGUUAGGACAUGCAUGUAAGCCCACCGCCUGUGUGUGGUUGGCCAUUGUAAGUUCGUCUCAGCGCUGUCUUUAAGAGCAGUCAGUCAGUGCGCAUUUGGUACACGACAGGGGAUCGGCUCGGUGCAAGGAGAAUUCCGUGGAUCUGUCCGUGUCACCGGUGCAGCGCGCGCUGUGGAAGUCAGUCUGGCCGUCCACUAAGUCAGUGUUAGGAUGAGUCAGAUGAUUGUGUGCAGAAUUGUGGUAUAGCAAGGCACUGUUUUAGUAGUCAGUCUGUUUGUUAGCAAGUUGUCACGUUCCAAAUCCCUGGCUAUCCUUGUCUUUUCUCUUUGAGCUUGCUUGAGCAGCAAUGUGUUCAAGCAUAGUGACCACAAGGGGUUAAUCUCCAUGCCAGCUCGCUCAGUGAAGACACAGUGGGACUGGCAGUCCGGGGGCUGUGGUCCCUGAGGUUGUCAUUGGAACGGCCACUACAGGGGUGCAGCUCCGCCAACUCAUAUCCAGACAUGGCUGUCUGCGCCAGUUCUCAUCAGGCAAGCAUAGGCAUGCCGGUGUAGAGGCCCAGCCCUGUGAGCCCGCAAACAUCUGAACGCCAUAGCUCACAGCACCUCGUCUACUCAGACAGCACCUGUGUGUGCCAGGUUGCAGAAGCUUGGACCCGUGCCACCUUGACAACUGUAGCACUACCAGUUAAGAGGCAGCCCAGCGUGCCAGUUUGGACUCUUUCCCUGACAGGAGAACACGCGCCUGCAGCGCGUAGGCCGGACCGCCCAGGCGCCACCCCCCUUUCGGAAAGGAGCAGGGGCGGCAGCCCAGCCGGGAAGGGGCCGGGGGGGAGGGGGUCAUAGUGCCACACUGUCCCGUCCUCAGGGGAGCGUGAGAGAGUCAGGAUGCAGGUGUCCAUCGCCUGCACGGAGCACAACCUGAAGAGCCGGAGCAGCGAGGACCGGCUCUGCGGGCUUCGCACCGUCCCGCCGGGAGGGGGCUGCCCCAGCGGGGGAGGAGGCGGGGGAGGCGGGGGUGGCGGAGGAGGUGGCGGCGGAGGGGGUGGAGGCGGAGGAGGCCAGGGGGGAAAUGGCCACCACACGUCCCAGGGGCAGACCAAGUCGAGGGCGGCGGUGGCCACGCGGACCGCCACCCAGGGACACGCCCACAUGAAGGAGACCAUCGGGCGGCACAGCAGCAUGAAGUACAGGAAUCUGGGGAAGUCAGGCCUGAGAGUAUCCUGUCUGGGACUUGGCACCUGGGUGACCUUUGGCUCCCAAAUCUCAGAUGAAAUGGCAGAGAACCUGAUGACCAUUGCUUAUGAAAAUGGUGUGAACCUCUUUGACACUGCUGAGGUAUAUGCUUCUGGAAGGGCUGAAAUCACCCUGGGAAACAUCAUUAAGAAGAAAGGAUGGAGACGAUCCAGCUUCGUAGUGACCACUAAAAUCUACUGGGGAGGACAGGCGGAGACAGAGAGGGGGCUGUCCAGAAAGCACAUCAUUGAAGGCCUGAGGGGCUCCCUGUCCCGUCUGCAGCUGGAGUAUGUGGACAUCGUAUUCGCCAACCGCACUGAUGUCAACAGCCCCAUGGAAGAGGUGGUGCGAGCCAUGACCUUCGUCAUCAACCAGGGCAUGGCCAUGUACUGGGGCACCUCUCGCUGGAGUGCCAUGGAGAUCAUGGAGGCCUACUCCGUUGCGCGGCAGUUUAACCUGAUACCCCCAGUGUGUGAGCAGGCUGAGUACCACUACUUCCAGAGGGACAAAGUGGAGGUUCAGCUACCCGAACUCUACCACAAGAUUGGUGUUGGUGCAAUGACCUGGUCCCCCUUGGCGUGUGGACUGAUCACUGGGAAGUACAGUGAUGGGGUUCCAGACUGCUCACGUGCUGCAAUGAAGGGGUACCAGUGGCUGAAGGAGCGCGUUAACAGUGAGGAGGGGCGCAGACAGCUGGCCAAGAUUAAAGAGCUCCACCUGCUGGCUGACCGACUGGGCUGCACUGCUGCACAACUGGCCAUUGCUUGGUGUCUGCGCAGCGAGGGAGUGAGCUCUGUGUUGAUGGGCGUCUCCAACACUGACCAGCUUCUAGAGAACCUGGGCUCUAUACGGAUCCUGUCUCAGAUGACGCCACAGACGGUGAACGAGAUGGACUCACUCCUGGGAAACAAGCCGCACUCCAAGAAGGAGUCGCGUGCGUGAGGAGCAGGAGGCGCAGAGGCGGAAAGAGAGAGAGAGAGGGAGAGAGGAGCUGAAGGAGAGGGAGGAACAACCGAAGAGUGAGAGGACGUAUCGUCCUUUUUCCGCCUUCUUUAUUAGCAAAUCGCAUGUUUUUUUCAACAUCGCGCUUCCAGUAACCAGCUGCACAUCUACUUAUAUCAUGUAUGUAUAUGAAGAAAAAUAAACCAACGGAUGUUCUAGCUGAAGCAUUGAAAGGACACACAAAAAAGAUGGUGAAAUAAAAUCUAAGUAUUCCUAUUUUUCCAGAUGAGAGACUGAGAAUGGGGGAGGGAGCAGGGCAGUGACUGGGAAGUAAUGUCCUCCAGCUUCUUAUUUCCCAGUUUCCAAGAGGCUCCCCCAGAACUCAAACACAAUAUCUUAAUUCCUUUCUUGUGUCUGUACGCAUGUCCCUUUAAGAAUGACAAAUGUUGGGGGGGAGGGUGCUACUUUGUCAUUGGCCAAUCAUACGAUGGAAGAAAAGCAGCAUGCACUCUACAGCAGCCUGGCUUUGAGAAGAAGAAAAAAAAGGCACUUGAAUGGAA